GGCAGUGCAGGGAGCGUGGCCUGGUGUGAGUGUGCACAGAGUGACCAGGAGGUGCCCCAGGGGACAGGACACAGGUUGGGGACAGCUUCCAGCUGACGUGUCAAGCCACUGACCCGAUGGUUUCUGUGGCAGUUUCACCCAGCUGCCCAAGGCCAUGGUUGUGCUUUAGCACCUACAACUGGAGCUUUCCCUCCCUUCCUCCAAGCAUUCAUCCCAAAGUCUGGAAGCAAAGGGAGUCCCAAAGGAGCUGAAGGGACAUGUGCCUGACAGUGCAACCGCCAGCAGCAAUGUGACGUCCAGUUUUCCUUUCCUGCUUUCUGUGGAGUGUUUUUCCCCGAGGAAUGGGGUGUGCCUGGCCCUGCAGUGACAGUCAAGGGCUGCUCCUCUGCCCUAUUUUGGGCUUCAGUGUCUGAAAUAAAGCAAUCCUGCCGAGUUCCUCUGCCUCUUUAUCAGCUGUGGAAAUGCCCUCCCAUGCCUGUCCAAGCCAGGAGGGGACAUUGGCAGCAACAAGGUCAAAAUGGAGCCAGGGAAGGGAGGCAACACCCCCAGGACACCCCUGAGAGAGUGGGGUGGGUGGGUGAGGACACUCGAGGCUUUAUGGAGACCCUCGGUGGGGAGGGCUGGGUCAGGGAGAUGGAGAGAGGGCUGGAAAUGCCUUUGCUGCAUUCAGUGUUUUGCCUGCAGCAGGGAUUUAAGUGGAAAUGCCCCGGAGGGAAACGUGAUGUGUGUUCUGAAGGAAAUCUCUGUGUUAGAUCUGCCCUGUCACACCUGGGGUUUUCUUCUGAUUGUGUUCGUUUGGAGAAAAGUCUCCUGCCAACCCUCAGAGCUCCCUUCAUCCUCCCGGAUGAGGAAUCUGGCUUGGACCUCUGGGAUUUAAGAUUUUUCUGUCUCUGAUGGAGCUCCAGCCUCGCUGGGACAGGAGUUUUUCCCCCUUUGCCACAAGGGGUGUCACAGUCCUGCAGCUGGUGCCUGAGCAGGGCUGUCACCGCUCCUGGAGACACAAGCUCUUGUCUUGCCCCAGGAAAUGCAGCCCAGAGCAUGGGAUCUUUGCCUCUCCGUGCAUCUCUGGGGACAUCCCGGCCCCACUGCUCCCCAGGCUGGGUUUCCUGGCACUGCCAGCCCGCAGGGACUCUCUGUGUCCUGCUUGGAAAUAUUCCUGAGUGGUUGGGACUGUGUGUAGGCUCUGGUCAGAGGCAGAGGGGGAAAAGAAGUGGAGGGAUGGCCGUGAGGAAUGGAAGAAGGAAGAGUUUUGAUUCAGAUGUUCUCAUUAGGGAGUGUUUUCUGCAAGAUAAUAACCCUGACAAAUAUUUGUUCUUGGGAAAGGAGCGUCCUUCCUUCUGGAGCCGUCCUGUUCUGCAGACUGGAGAACUCCAGGCAAUGCUGAAAGAGGUGAAAGGCAGAAGAAACGAGAUAAUUUCUUCCAAAGGCAAUAUGAGAUCCCAAAGAAAGUUCAAAAACAACCCAUGUUAGUCUCCCUGAUGAAUAAAUGAUGUCUAAGAAGUCUUGAAAGGCCUUGGAGUCACAGAGAGCAAUGUCUACGGCCAGUCCCCGCCAAAGCCAGCCCUUUAAUCCUGGGUUUAUAAUAAAAAAAACUGCAUUUAUUACUCCAAAGGCUUAGAGCUGCCUCAGGAGGGGAAGGUGCUGACAUCACCUGGAAAUACGGCACCACUCCACCCAGCUGGCUGAAACAUCAGCCUGCUUCUGGCUGAAAAACACCCUAAAAACAUUUUGGCCUCUAAUGCUGGCACUUGAAAGGAGCCAGUUUGGCUGAAUGGGCAUGUCCUGCACAAGGAAAUGAAAAGGCAGCGUUGCAGGGAACAUAAACAACCUCCAGUUCACUUAAUUGGGGAUGUUUUGCAUAAAAUAUGAGCUUGUUGGUAAACACCUUCCCUGUGCAAAGGCGCGUCUGGGCCCGGGGCUGUGCGGGACGGUAUAAAAGGCAGAGCAAGCACAGGAUCCUUCAUCCAGCUCUCCUGCCUUCUCCUCCUCGGUGACACAGGUGAGCUGCAAGGGCCUUUGCCUCACUCUUCUCUUUCUCUUCCCUUUUUCCUCGGACCUCAAUGGAAUCUUUGCUUCUCUGCAGCGGUCUCUGAGAGUCUUCCUCCUCCAUCCUGCUCUCACCAGGUUUCUGUGGUUGUUUUUCCCUGGGGACAGGUGGGAGAUGUUGGGAUUCCUUUGCUGGGAACACUUUGGCGUCAGGGCUGUUGAGUUCCUCCCUGCAUCCCUCUGGAGUCUGUCCCUUGUGCCCCGGCUGCGUUUCCUGCUGCCCAGCAGCAUCUCCAUCUGUGCCUGACAUUCCUGGGGUGCUUUCCCUGCCCUCUCUGCAGGUGCUCCUCCAGCCACAGCCAUGUCCUGCUACGACCUGUGCCGGCCCUGCGGCCCCACCCCGCUGGCCAACAGCUGCAACGAGCCCUGUGUCCGGCAGUGCCAGGACUCCCGUGUGGUCAUCCAGCCCUCUCCCGUGGUGGUCACCCUGCCCGGGCCCAUCCUCAGCUCCUUCCCCCAGAACACCGCCGUGGGAUCCUCCACCUCCGCCGCCGUGGGCAACAUCCUGAGCGAGGAGGGAGUGCCCAUCAACUCGGGGGGCUUUGGGCUCUCGGGGCUCUCUGGCCUUGGUGGCCGCUACUGUGGCCGCAGGUGCCUGCCCUGCUAGAGCCGGGCCGGACGUCCAGCCAGUGCCUCCGCCAGGAAGCCCCAGGCCAGGGGCCGCACUGAGGCCACAGCUGCUGGCCAGCGUUUCCAGAGGCCUUGGGCCCCCUCGAGCCCUCCUCCUGCCAUGGAGGGAGGGAGGGAGGUGCUGUCUGGACACGUGGCCAACCUGUUUCAGCCUUGAAAGCCCUGCUUUUGAAGAGUUUCCUUUUUGUCUUUGUGAUUUUGCAUUUCAUGCUGACGUGGUUUAAUGCUGUAAUCGCCAGCAGCCAGUGGAGGGGUUUCACUCUGGAAUUACAGAAAGGUGGAAUCUUGCUUGCUGUCUCUCAGUUGGAAUGGUGUCAGUGGCUUCUAUUCCCUUCAUAAAGAUAUGUUUUCCCUUUGUUUUUGCUGAAUGCUACUUGACUUUUUAUCAUUAAACAGAUGUUG